UUCGUCUUACAGGUAACUUUUAUUGGCCUCUCCCAUCCAUUGUUUUUAUGAUUCUUGUCUCAUGAUGGUGUUGUUGUUUUUCAGUGUUUUUCAGGUACUUCCUUUACAGACAAAAAAGAAAAGAAAUAAAAUGUCGGACAGCCAAGAAAUUACGGUCGCAAGUAGCCCUGACUUUGUUACGGAGCUUCUUCCAUCUGCUCAGCGUACAGCUUUGCUCUACCAUCUUUCUUACCUCUGUCUGGCUAAGUUCCCCAAGUUGGAGAGGGUUCUCCGAGAGCGUGCGGUUGAAACUCAGCUUCUCUUUGGAUCCUCAGAGGCUCUGCUGCUGAAGUGUGCGGCCACAAGUAAAAACCUGGUUUCCACGCUGCUGCCUGCGCUGAUGAUUGCUGUUGAAAAGGAUAAAAGCAUUUUGGCUAUUAAGUCCCUGGAAAAAGCCAGACAAUGGAUCAUGGAAAUUGUUGAAAAAGUGGGACAGAUGGUAGACAGAUAUGAGAAACACAACCACAGUGUGGCUUCCUGCACCAGUGAUGUAAUUCUUGAAAAGACUGAGACAGAAAAGAAAAAAGAACAAACUACUAAGGAGAUAGAGGCCCAGGAGACAGUGGUGAGGGAUCUCGAAGAUCAACUGAAGAAAAACAAUGAGAAAAUUAAAGAAAUUGAGGCAAAUAUUGCGCAGAAAAAUGCUGAGCUGUAUAAUCAUGUCAAAGACACUUCUAGCAAAAGUAAUGGUCUCGGUCUCUUUGCUGCCCUUGUACCAUUUGUUGGACCCAUUGUUAAAUCAAUUUAUGAUGCUAAAACUGGCCCUGGUGUAGCUGCGAAAACCCAGGUUCUGUCCAGCGAAUUGUCUCAACUCUCCAUUGAGAAAUCAAGCCUGAUGAGCAAGGAGUGGAACAUCCAUGUCAGGAUGACUGAUAUGCAGCUGAAGUUGGCAACCAUGAAAAUAGAAAAUGGUUCAAUACCCGACCCUGUCCAUCUGAACGAUGUCCAAAAAUGCCUUUCCCGAAUCCAAAAAAUUCUGAUUCAGCUUCAGAAGUUCUGGGAAUCAGUGAGUGUAAUGCUGGAGGCUCUCAAAGAUGAGACUUUUGCUAAGGAACACUUCAUCGAGGAGAGUAAAAUGAAGGAGAUCUUUCUGGAGUCUAUUAGUACAGCAAAAGGGCAUUGGAAAGCCUUCGGUGAAUCCUGUCUGAAUGCAAAGAGCAUCUUUAGCUUGCAGACUAAAGAUGCGUACAAGUUCCUGGAGACCAGCCCAUCUUCACUGUCACCAGAGGAAUGGAAAAAACAGUAUGACGCUGUCAUAGUGGAUCUGAACAAAAUAAAUCCGGAUCCCUUUACUCCUGAAGCACCAGCUCCCAUUACUCAGUAAUGUAGAAAUGUAAGAAGUCUUUGCAGUACAAGUAGCGUACAUGCCUAUAAUGUAUCAGGCUUACUGCUUUGAAUAACACUUGUCAUUUAUGAUGCUGUGUUAAUAAAACCUUCAUUAAGUGA